UUUACUUUGGACUAAAAACAACAACAUUUCGCCGGAGGUUUACGUAUCUUUCAAAGCGCCUCUCCGGCCGAGGAUUAAUUCUUAAAGACAAACACUUAUUAGUSCUUUUGGAAAAGAACAUUAAGUUGACAAUAUGCCGGCAAUAGAAGUUCUAACGAUCCAUUGAGGUCAGCUGCAUAUGACAAAAUACAUACGCGGUUGCCUGAUGGUCGAUGGUCGAACGAUAAGAUCAAACAGUUUGAACCAAAAUGAUAUUUUACGGUAUGAAAAGCGUGGUAAUACUUGGAAUAUUGAUGAAUGUACAGUAUCUUUGAACAGCGGAGUGUUGAGGAGCAUCAAAAACAUAGAUUAGACGCAGAACUAAGCCUGGAUUUGAGAAGAUCAGACAGUCAAAUAUUGGAUCGCCAACUUCCACUUCUGACACCAUUGAAUUUUGGUCAAAGAGAGUUAAUUCGCGAACGAAUUCGUCCAUUCAAAGAUAAUCUCAAGUCUUAAUUCUAUCGCCAUUCAAAACAAAUGAUUUUAACCACGCACCAAAGAAAAGAUUAGUUCGUUUGAGUGCUGUUUUGACUGAAGSUGAAUUUAAAUGAGACGAAGGAGCCCUACUGAUAACGAKAGUUAAUAAUGAGCGAAGGAUGUCUUAAAUGAGAGGGAAGUUCUGAAUCAGUUUACGCUUGCAUAUGCUAAUACUGUCAAUCUUGAUUGAAAAAGAAUUCACCUGGGGACACUUAUUGUUAACACGUCGAGCCAACAGUAUGAUUUUUAAUGGCCUCUUCAUCCACUAAUUCAACGUACAAUAAUUGAUUCAUAUAUGUAGAACUCAGCCAAAGAUAUAGACACUGUCCUAACAGUUCCUUCAUCAACUCAAAAUGUCUUGGAGUCGUUUAAAAUCACUUUUGAAAACGUCACGUCURCCGGAGGUGGACAGCCUUGACUCUGAUUCACCUAAUGACUCCAAUAUACCGAUCAACGUAGAAGAAGCUUACCUUCAUGAAAGCCCAUCGGAACCAAAUCUCGGUGCGAUGUCGGCUAGUCACUAUGGKUUCCUAUCCGUGCCAGUAAACGAAUUAAAAAGAUCAAAUUCACUUGAUAUGAAGCCUAAAGCAAUUGGUAAGCUACGAACUCAUAGCCUUUGCUCGAUACUCUCAGAAAUUAAUUCAGAUGGAAGCUUAAGGAUCAGUCAGAUGAGUUUGUCGGGUGGAUCUCGGAAGUCGAGACCUAUACGAGAGAUAUUUUAUCGCGAAGAAUCAUGCGAAGCAACGAGAGAAACCUCUCCGGUCGUUGAGCUAASCACUUUUCCACAGUCUGGAGUCGAUGCAGAUGGUGAAAAAGAGACCCUUCACAGUUUGGCCCGACGAGGGAAUACCCAGGACAUACGGGUACUUCUACAGCAAAGUGAAGAUAUCGACAAAAGAGAUUCGUAUGGCAAGACGCCAYUACAUUGYGCUGUAUCAGCAGGACARAUUGCCACCGUAAAAUACCUUCUGCAUUGCCAUGCCAACCCUAAUCUAAAGGACCACCGAGAGGAAGCACCGUUACACGUCGCUGUCAGGACAGGGAAUGUAGAUAUUGUAGAGGUUCUUCUUAACCACCAAACUACGGAUGUCAACAUCGAAGGUCGAAAUAGAUAUACACCAUUACACACUGCAGCUCAUCUUGAGCACAGAAACGCGCUGGAGAUAUGUCAGAAACUGUUGGAAUGCGAAGCCGACGUUAUGAAACGGUCAGCAGAUCAAAUGACUCCCAUGAGUGUUGCAGCUACAAAGGGAGCUUACGAAACKAUGGCAAUUUUCUUCAAAAAAUGCGAGGAAAUACACCCUGAUCCUAAAAAGAAGCUCGAAAUAUUAUACAGUGUGGAYUUUGAUGGAAGCACGCUCUUGCAUUUAGCYAUUGAUAGUGGUGUACUYAAGGCAGUAAAGCUUUGUCUUGACGAGGGAUGCUCGCUUACAGCAAUAAGAGUAAGUACAACUGAUCGCACAAACCAACAUAGCGAUAGUGACUAA